AUGGGUAACGUCGUAUCCAAUCGUUCGGCUACUAACCCACGUGGCUCGAGCGGGAAACAAUAUCUUGGCUCCUCGCGCUUGCCAAUUGAGGUCCAAGACAUGAUCACCGCGUUCCUCUGCCCGUCCUGUUCCGUUCAUAACCACGAAAUUCCAUCCGCGAAACAUGCGAGAGAACUUCAGCGUUCCUUAGGCCAGCUAGCAGCAACUUCUAAGCAGUUGCUUAACGUCGCGAACCAGCACCGUUUCCAUGCAUUUGUAAUGUCUCCUAGUUCCGGGUUCUCGGCGCGCCACCUGUUGAACGACGAAUUUGGUGGAUUUGAUGGAGAGAUUGGUUGGGCUCGACGGCUCAACAAUGAAGCCCUUCCCGAAAUGAUGGAGCGUCUCAUCAACUACGGUCAGCUGAGGCAGCAUCUGCGCUUCCUCUCCAUUUUAAGCAACCAAACUUCUUUCUGGCUUGAUGGUGAGCUCUGGCUCCUGGAAGACGCGCUCGGUCUCCCUCAGAGCUUUGUGUUUGAUGCCUGGAUGAUACAACUGCUACUGUUUGGGCUGACGCCUAAAUUGAGGAAGCUCCUCAUCGAUCCAUUGAUCGUCCAAGAAGUUUUCUUGACGCAGCAAGCUCCCAUAGCCCGAAUUCCUUCAGUUACGACGUUGGCCGUUGCUGAAGGGGAGCAAGACCCAGGCAGGAUUCUGAAUUUUCCCGUCCACUUUCAAAUGGAAGCUCUACUGCUCAGUUUUCCAAAUCUGCAAUCGUUCCAGUCUGAAGACUGGGCCCUUUCCUGGAGCACUUUCCGCCGAGCCCCCGCAUACGCUGCAGCCCCGCCCUUUUUUCCCAAUCUCCGGAAUCUCGUGCUGGCAGCGAUUCAGCCUGGGCGCCUACACCACGUCUCACAGGUCCUUCCAGAGUUCUCAAACCUCGAGGAGCUCUAUUACUACCGCCGAACAUCAUAUCUUGUUGGUCAAAAUGACCCCGAUUUCUCGAACGCCGGCGUUUUCCAAGGUGUGAAGCACUGCCUUCGUAAACUGACUUACACUAGCGCUCUGGUCGAGCAACAUCCAGGCGAUGACGACCAUCUCAUCAAUAUAUACUGCUACGAAGAACAGCGAUUUUCAGAUGUGCCGCAUUUCGGCGACUUUGCCGUCUUGGAGGACUUGAAAAUCGAUCAAGGUCUGCUUGGACGCAUGUCCACAGUGAGGGACCGUAUCGAUUCACAAUACGGCCCUUACUUUCCCGAGUUGGACUGGAAGUUGCCGCAAUCGCUUCGUCGUCUGACUGUCCAAUUCGUCUACGAUUGGCCCAGACUGGCAGCGCAACUGAUACCCCUCGCAGAUGCAAAGGCAAACAACAAGUAG